AUGGACAGGAUAGACAAGUAUAAGAGGGUCGAGGAGGACCAGCAAACCGGGAAGGGAAAGGCGAAGUUUGCCCCCCAGGAGAGAAGGGACUUCAGGUCGGACCGCUUCAGUAACAGUAAUAAGCCGAGAAGAGAUUAUGCAGAACAGUCGGGAUCUACAGGGGCUCAGGUAGUCCACGCUGUGUUCCGAGAGCCAUUACACGUGAUCAUGGGAAAAAUAAAGCACGAGCCCUAUUUUCAAUGGCCAAAUAGGAUGGCAGGUGACCCCUCAAAACGCAAUCAGAAUCUAUAUUGUGCGUACCACCAAGAGCCCGGCCAUGUCACAGACGAAUGUAGGAAUCUGAAGAACUAUGUAGAUCGACUCGUCCGAGAAGGAAAGCUAGGGCAUCUGUUGCAACGUCCUGAGCAGUCAAAUGUCGAUACCAGGCAAAGUACCUUGAGGCCACCCAUCGGCACGAUAAAUGUCAUUCUUGCCGCACCUGGGAGAACCGGUUCCGUCCCAUUCAGAGUAAUGUCAGUAGGUAGGUUCCCGACAGAGUCAGGCGAAAAGGAAUCCAAGAGGGCUAGAGGGAGAGUGCCAUUAAUUGGAUUCACGGAAGAGGACAAAGAGGGAACUAUUCAGCCCCAUGACGACGCCCUAGUCGUGACACUCAGAAUAGGAGGUUAUGACGUGAGGAGGGUGUUAGUUGAUCAGGGCAGCGCCGUGGAAGUGAUGUACCCGGACCUGUAUAAAGGGCUGAAUUUAAAGCAGGAGGACCUGUCGCCAUAUGACACUCCUCUGCUUAGCUUUGAGGGAAAAAUCGUCAUCCCUAAGGGCAUGAUCAGAUUGCCUGUGCAAACAGACAUAGAAAUAGUGGAAGUGGAUUUCAUUGUGGUGGAUGCAUACUCACCCUACACGGCUAUCGUGGCACGGCCAUGGCUUCAUACGCUAGGGGCUGUGUCAUCUACCCUGCACCAGAAGGUGAAGUAUCCCUCAGAGGGCCGAAUCAAAGAGAUAGUGGGGGAUCAAGGAGUGGCCAGGCAUUGCAUGGUAUCGGCCAUUGCUCGACAAUUAAGCGACGCGCCUUCCACUUCAGCCGGGAAUACCUUAUAG